AUGGACCUCGUCAACCACCUAGAAGGCAGAUUGCUCUUUGCCGUUCCCAAGAAGGGCAGACUACUGCAGGCAGCACUCAAUCUUCUUGAAGGUGCAGAUAUCCAAUUCCGACGAGAGUCACGACUCGACAUUGCGCUCGUCAAGAAUCUCCCCAUCGCCCUCGUUUUCCUCCCUGCAGCAGAUAUCCCCACCUUCGUUGGAGAGGGCCGAGUCAGUCUUGGUAUAACUGGCCGGGACACCGUUGCCGAGCAUGAAGCUGGCGUACAGCAAUCGAGGAGGGAACGGGCAGAAUCUGGCAGCACAACGCCGGUUGAAGAUGAUGGCCAUUUCGGUUGUGAGGAGGUGAUGGAUCUGGGUUUCGGAUCUUGCAAGCUACAAGUUCAGGUGCCGGGGAAAGGGCAAUAUAUCAAGCCGUCUGAUCUGAUUGGGAAGAACAUUGGAACUAGCUUCGUCCAUCUGGCCGAGGACUAUUUUGCAAAGUUAGAGGCAGAUGCGGUUGUUGGACAGACCAGCGGGGACAGACCUCGGAAGCUCAAAACGAAGAUCAUCGAGUUGAGCGGAAGUGUUGAAGCCGCAUGUGCGCUUGGUGUCGCGGACGGAAUUGUGGAUCUUGUUGAAUCUGGAGAGACAAUGAAGGCUGCCGGCUUAACAGCAAUCGAUACAGUCGUAUCGAGUACAGCUAUUCUCGUACGCUCCAAGAACCAGUCUAAUCAACAGUUAGUCGACUUGAUUGCCUCGAGAAUUAGAGGUGUCAUCACUGCUCAAAAAUACGUACUAUGCCAAUACAACGUUGAACGCACAAACCUCGAAGCAGCAUCAAGAAUCACCCCCGGCAAGCGAGCACCAACCAUCAACGCAUUAGAGGAAACAGGCUGGGUGGCAGUCAGUUCGAUGGUUGAGAAGAAGAAGAUCGCAACAGUAAUGGAUGAGCUGACUGGGGUUGGAGCUGUUGAUAUUCUUGUUUUGAGUAUCGCGAACACGAGAACCGGCCUGUAG